GUCCACUUAUUGAUACAACAAUUACAGAACAUGUCAGAAAGCAAAUACAAAUACCGAAUAGAAAUCCAGCAGAUGAUGUUUGUGCUGGGGGAAUCUAAUGAUCCACCCAUAGAAACUACAUCCAUCAUCGAAGACAUUGUCCGUGGCCAAGUUAUAGAAAUCCUCAUGCAGGCCACGAAAACCGCUUCUAGUAGAGGCUCGAAAUCCAUCGCUCCAGAAGAUGUCAUAUUCAUGAUUCGUCAUGACAAAGCAAAAGUGAAUAGAUUGCGGACAUACCUUUCUUGGAAGGAUGUGAGAAAGAACGCCAAGGACCAGGAAGGAGGAGGUACGGAAUCGUUGAUUGAAGGUGAUGCCGCUGCGGGGACUGGUGGGACCGGUGCUGCUGCUGCUGGGGCCAAUCAAAGCGACUCUUCCAAAAUGUUAACAAGAUACAGGAAGUCUAAGAUUAGAUUGCCGUGGGAGUUGCAGUUUAUGUUUAGUGAGCAGCAUUUAGAAACAGGUGAAGAUGAUCAAAUUGACGACGAAGAAAAAGCUGCCACUAUUGCAUCUCUCAAACGAUUGAAAACUGCUGAUGAUAGAACCAAGAAUAUGACCCGUGAAGAGUACGUCCACUGGUCUGAAUGUAGACAGGCAAGUUUUACGUUCCGUAAAGCCAAACGGUUCCGAGAAUGGGCUCAGAUUGGUCAAUUGUGCGAUUCUAGACCUAAUGAUGAUGUCAUUGAUAUUCUUGGUUUCCUUACUUUUGAAAUUGUUUGUUCGAUAACCGAAGAAGCCAUGUUGAUUAAGAACUCGGAAGAAAAGUUGAUUCAGAUACGUAAACAAAAGAAUGUUGAUGAUAAUGUACCGAAAAAGAGAAAGUACUUGUUUGAUAAACCAGAUGAAUUAGCUAAUCCGUUGUUGCCGUAUCAUAUUGAAGAAGCAUGGAGAAGAUUACAAGCUAAUGAUUUUAAACACAAGGCUGCGAGGUCAUUUGGUGGUGGGCUUGUCAGGACAAGAACUAGAUUGAUUUAAACUGUUCCGUAUAUUGAGCUCGUAUACAGAUAAUAACCCCAUUAAGUCAAGCACAAGUAUACAGCACGAAUGGUGAAGAAUUACAUCUAUAUAACUGUAUAAAUAAUCUAACCAAAAUAAGUGGUCAUGGUAGCAUUCAAAGUCGACUUAUACUGGAAAUCCCGGUAGUUAAGAAACUUCUUAACACUAGCUCUAUCUUCUUUCACUGCGUCCUCCUCUACUUUGGUAAUACAUAUUUGAAACGAUUGCCAGAUUCUAGUAUACGGCAACAAGUCAAGCACAAACGGAGUCGGAGAUAUAUUAUGAAGGAAUGACGUGUCGGGGAUCCCAGUUUGGUCGGAGAAACUUUCCGAGAAUCCUGAUCGAAGCGUUCUUCUCGGGUAGUCAUACAUGUAUUGUGGUAUUUUCUUUGAUCGUGAUCCAAUGAAUUCAUUACAUUCGUAGCGUAAAUCAUUCAUGGUGUAUUUGGGCAGUGGUAGUGUUUUGUUGAUGUGUAGACUGUUUUGUAAUUCGUUUCCCAUGUUGAGUUCGAAUGAUAAUGUGGGCUGUGUAAGCUUGCUUGAUUCGUCAAUGUAGUAAAUGUCAGUGAAUUGAUUUGGUUGAUACGAAUGCUCGAUUUGGGAGAUGCUUCCUGAUGAGAUGACAUCGGCUGACGAACCAAUCUCUAACAUUGCAGCCAUUGUUGAAAUAUCAUCUGUUUGUGGGAGCUGUUCAUCAGGAAAUGACUUGAUAUCCACUAUUUGGUCUGACUGCAAUUUACAUAAUAUCUCACAAUUCAUUAAACAUUGUCGUAAGUCAUAGGUAACCCCGUUGAAACUCUCUUCUGAAAUCUCGUUCAAUACUGUCUCUUCUACAUUAAAUCCAUGAACCAAACAACAUAGCCAUAAAUAAUCCAUAACUUCCUGUCUCCCCACCACGCAGUCAUCAAUAAACACAAUUGAAUCAUUGGCUUCCGCCAACCUAAUCAACAGCUUCGGGAUAUUCCAUAACUCUUCACACGUUAACACAAUGGGACGCUUGCUGAUCGCCACUAUGUCUUGCACAACCUGCCAAAACGUUUUGUCCUGAUCAAACAAAAUAUUAACGUCUUCCAAAAGAAUAAGCCCGAGCUCGCGUGAGACUAAAUGAGUAGUACACAAUUGUUUGAGAUUAGUGUAUAUAUCACGACGUCCACGGGCCAUUCCACUGUUGAUUUCGUGAACAUACCCACUCAUUUCAUUCAUGGCGGUGUACACCGCCGUAGAUUUCCCCGAUCCUUGGGAUCCUUGAAGGAUGAGCAACUGCAGGGCGAUUUCUUCUUCUUCGAAAGGGUCAUCCCUGCGCUUUCUGUUGAAUGAGUUGGUGAUCCAGGAGGAUAUUAAUUUGAUGUUGGUCUUGUGCAUUAGUAAUUCAUUCAUGGUUUCUGGUUUGAAGAAGUCGACCCAGAGCACGUCAUGCGAGGGUGUUAUGUCCGGGAGGAGGUAUUUUUCGUAUAGUGAAUACAAGGCAGGGUUGGACUUGAGGUGAGGGAGUUUUGCCAAUGCAAGUUGUGCUCGGUCGGUGUGUGUAGAUGGCAUCUGAUAUGUGC